GUGAGAGCUGUCCGGUGCUGAGGGGGGAAGAUGAGCUCAGCGCGCGCCGGGGGGGCAUGUAACGUCAGCAGUCGGCCGGAGCAGGGAAAGACUGUAUACACACCCACUAAGUGUUUAUCGCCGCUUAAGCACUGAUACACGCCGACACACAUUAAUAAUGGGCAGUUAAUCGGUUCCGUGUGACUAAGCUCCGCUUUUUUUCUUACACGAUUCACGAGUGCCUCGGCAGCAUCCCGCGCCCUCCGCUUGGCUUGAAAUGGGAUGAUAUGGGAUUUUUCAUGUCGACGAAGAUCGCAGGGAUUCUUGCGUUUGCCUUGGUAUUCUUUUCCCUGAUGGAUUCAGGAGACUCCGAUGUAGAUGUGAAGUGUGAGAACAUUUAUAAGGACUUUUCUGAUUGUGUCCUGGAGCUGGGAGAUAGCAUGGACAACUAUCAGGAGAACGUGACCAGCGAGAGGGGAGUGGAAGCCGUGUGCAGCCACUGGGAAGCCUUCCACACAUGUGCCCUCACAGCGUUGUCCGACUGUCAGGAGGAAGUCAGCUCCAUCUGGGAGACUCUGAGGCAGGACUCCAUGAAGAUGCGCUUCCAGGGUAGUCUGUUCGAACUGUGCAGCCCCAGCUCCUCGCCCAGCAUAAGUUCACCUCUUGCUGCCCUUACCCUGCCCCUGAUAGGCGUGCUGAUCAUGACUGGGCCCAACUGGUGCCCCGUAUAAAUCCGGGGCGGGGGUGGGGGUGCAGGAGAUGAGAGGGGUGAUGACGAGGGCCUCAAAUUCCUCUGGGUUCGGUCCUCCUGAGUUCAAACUUAAAGCCAAGGAUUUAAGAGGGAUGAGUGAUUAAAUAAUGAGGAUUAUUUUGACUCAGAGCCACGCGGGUCUGUGGCUAGCCAAUCAAUAUUUGCUGUAAUGAAUAAUGUUUGAAAUCUCCUCAAAUACUUCAGCUUGAUCUUCCCUGACGUCUAGAAACUAGUACUGUAUUUGAGAAAACUAUAUUUCAGCCAACUAAUCGGUCCAGGCAGACUAAAGCAAACAAGCCAAGUAUUCAAGGGAUUUCA